CUACUGUCUACAUCCUCUGCUCGCGGGCCUAUCAUUAUGUGUGAUAUAAAAUCUUCUAAGCAUUGUUGUCUGUACUUAUAUACUAUCCGCUCAUCACGAGAAUAUGUUGCUGACAAUAUUCUUUUGUUUAGUUUUGUCACAGAGAUCAUAUCUGUCUAUAUUUUAAAUAUAUGAUAUUAGGGGAAAAAAGUUGUUUACUCAUUUCUAGCGGGACGGCUAUAUAUAUAUAGAAUUUAGGUAGAGUUUAUAUAUAGAGAUACAGAUCUACAGAGUAUAAAUAUAGGCUAUACUUUCGUAUAUAGGCCUAUAUAUGAGCAACGUAAUUUAUGUAUCAUAUUUUCGGUGCUGGUAAGAAAAAUGAAAUUUUCCUAUACGCAUGUGUGUAUGUUAAUGUUUUUAUCGAGUCGGUUUGAUUUGGUUUGCUUAAAAAAAACGACUAGAAACAAGUGUGGGAAAAUCAAUGCGGCGUUCAACUCAGAGACUCGUGUUGUGUAUUUCCUGAGUGGAGCGGAAUACAUUAAGUACAACUUUCGUUACAACACAGAAGAAACAGUUGCCCCACUGUCUAACUUAGGUGUUAAUGAAGAGCUGUCCAAUCCUGACGCAGCUUAUACAGAUAGGAAUGGAACUAUUCACAUUUUAAAGGGAUGUCUUGCUUACAGCUUCAAGUGGAAAAGCGGAGAAGAAUUAGUUCAAGACCGAAUCACUAAUGUCACAACUUUGGGAUUACCCUGCGACGUGGAUGCGGCGUUAAAUAAACAAGGGGAUGUACUUGUAACAAAAGGGUGCAGAGAAUGGAUGCUGAACCAACGCACACAGAUGUUUGAGCAGAGAGGUAACAUCACUGACCGAGGUUUACCGUGUGACCUGGACGCUGCUGUAGAAUGGCCAGACUCAACGUAUUGCUUUAUCAAAGGAGUUCAGUUCUGGAAAUAUGACGAUGAUGACGUGGAUGGACCUUUCAACACGGACCUGUUAAAUCUCUGCUCUUGGAAUCUAUGCGGGGAGAGGGAGUGGAUGAGAAUGGAAAGAUCUGGAACAGUUUCUUGUAACGGGGAUAGACGGUUGUGUUCUUUAAGAUUAAAUCAAAUUACAUUGGCUGGCUUACACAAUGCCGGGUCUGGCUUUGACGGCGGAUUCGGCUUUUUGGAUUGUUUUCUGAGGAAUCAUGGAUUGUCUAUAACCGAACAGCUGAGGCUAGGUAUUCGUCACUUCGAUAUUGAUCCAUGUUUUGACAAAUGUGGACUUCUUGGCUCUUGUCACAAUGUUGUCUGUGGAGGAGGGAUCUGUCCAAUGCUUAAGCAGCUUCGUAGUUUUUUACGAGAUCAUUUGGGCGAGAUUGUGACCUUGAACUUUAAUCACGAAAUUCAGCAGCCCGAAAAAGUCUUCCCAGCCUUAAGCAGGCAAUUAAUGACUCAAUUGGGUCCUAUGCUUAACAAACAUUUUAGGAAAUCUCCUAAACACGUCUGGCCCACGUUAAAGCAAACAAUCAGAAAGAAGAAAAGGAUCUUUGUUUUCUAUGCACCAAUUAUUGAACGCCCUCCCCACGAUGAGUUCUAUAACAAGUAUAAAUGGAUUCAUAGCGAGCGUUUCUAUGGAAGCACGUGGAUAGAGUUUGGCGUGAACGAUGGCUGUAAUAAGGUAGUGAAUAUAACCAAAGAAGUCUGUGAGUCAAGAAACUGGAGAGAACUCUUGGAAGUCUCCAUCAUUCCUUCAGGAUUUUGUAUCAACAGUAAUGCCGCUAAGUGCAGACCUUUCUACCAUCAGUCCCUGAGAGCUUGUGAACAAUUUAGAUUCGUACGAAACGACUCGCCGAAUGUAUUGUUAGUGGACUAUCCAGAGGAAGCCAAUGAUCCAAGCUCCUCUGUCUUCCAGGCUGUUCACCAUCAGAAUAUCAGAAAUAUCUACCAGCACAAAAAGUCAUCAUGUUAUGUAAAGGUAGAUGCCGCAGUGAAAGUGAAUGCCCAAACUAUUUUAUUUUUCUCUGGGUCGAGAAUAAUUACAUACGAUGUAACACAUCUUUCCCAAAGCAAUAUCAGACAUGUUCCAGGGUUAGAAUCCAUAGAUGCAGCCUAUCUGAGUCCUGCAGGGAACUUUAUCAGUGUUAUAAAAGGUUGUAUCUAUUGGGAAAUCAACAGUACAUCAUUACUUCCUGUUUCUGCUGAAGUGACAAGGAAUGAGACAUGUGAUAUAGACGCAGCAAUCUUUUGGAAAGAUCAACUUUAUACAUUCAAAGGCUGCAAUGUGACUUCUCAAGGUGGCAGGGUUCAACCGCUAUUGAAAAUGGGACUACCCUGCUCUCUAGAUGCAGCCCUGCUAAUUGACAGUAAUGUAUAUGCAUUCAAGGGCAAUAACUACUGGAUUUACAAUGAUCAUGGAGAAGCCAAACUGGUGGGGAAAACCCUGGACUGGAACAUUGACGUGGUGCACUGCACUGAUUAACAUUACUAGUGCUGUAGGAAAAACUGAAAAGAAGGAAGGGAAAUGAUCAUAUGGACUUGAGUGUGUUGACAAGCUGAUAAGAAACAUAUGUGCAUACAAUAAUCUUUAUUAAACAAUGUGAAAUAAGUACA